AUUCUCGGUUAUUUCGUAUCUGUUUACGAUUAAUUAAUAUUUCAUGUUAGUUCACUGAUAAAUAAUUUGAUAUAUGAUAAUUAAAUUAAUUCGACUACAUAGUAUAUGACAUUUAUUACCAAGAAUCCUCUUGGAUUCGAUGCGAAUUAUGUACUGUACAGUAUUGAACUUUCUUUUCGACUUCAAUAUCAGCACAUGAGGUUAUAACAGCCCGAGUACUGACUGACUACUGGCGUUAUUCACCACCACUGUGCUUGUUUUCCGUUCCAUGCUCGUGUGCUACGAUCAGUACUCCAGUUACUUCUUGUAAUCUUGUUAGAUUAAUUACCAUACUUUACCUUUUUCGAUUUCUGAAAUCUUCGCUGCGAGCCUUCGACAGUAGCAGUAACUUCAUGUCCCUAAAACCAGAAGCCUGCAACUGGUUGUUCGCGAAUUGUCGGUUAGCCUUUACCACUAUGUGACUAUACAGUACUUCAGCGUUUCUCUGAAGUUUUAGGAUCAAUCUCGUCAUAUUUUGAGUACUUAAUUUAUGGCCUGAGCCUUAGCACGUAUCGAGAAAACAGGAGCGUAAACAGUAAAUUGUUUCCGUCUGUGGGAGUAGCAAUAAUCGCAAAAUUCGCUUGUGGUGCAUUAGAAUCAGUUGAUGGCCUCGGUGAAUUAACGGGAACUACGGGGAUUAUAUGGUGUGCGCCGGUGCACGAACUGCUGUUAUCAAAUUAAGGUGCGUUGCUGAAGGGCUUCUACUUCGAAGGCUUAUCCUGUAUAAAAAGUAAGAUCUGGGAAUCGCUUGGUUCGCAUUCGAAUGAUUCUGAGAUAGUGGAUCGAAAUGGGCGCCUUUUUGGACAAACCAAAAACUGACAAGCACUAUGAAUCCGGAAGCGGGAACGGCGUUCGUUUUGCACUGUGUUCUAUGCAAGGAUGGCGAAUUGACAUGGAGGAUGCCCAUACCGCUUUGACGGCGCUGGGUCCGCCUUUUGAUUCUUGGUCUUUUUUUGGUGUGUUUGAUGGACAUGCUGGAGGAAAAGUCAGCAAGUACUGCUCGGAGCACUUGGUGCGUUACGUAACGGACACCGAGGAAUUCAAUCAGCUUAAGGAUGAGAAUCUCUCUCCUGAGAAGAAGCGCGAUUUCAUUAAGCGCGGGCUAGUCCGUGGAUUUCUAAACCUCGAUGAGGUCAUGCGAAAGCUCCCGGAAGUGUUGGCUGGAGAAGAUCGUUCCGGAUCCACAGCGAUCUGUUGCUUGGUCACUCCUGACGUCAUCUAUUUGGCUAACUGCGGAGAUAGUCGAGGCAUCAUAGUGUCCAAGGAAACCGUAACCCUCGCGACAUACGAUCAUAAACCUGUCAAUCCUGUGGAGAAGGAGCGCAUUCACAAUGCCGGAGGUUCGGUAAUGAUUCAGCGUGUCAAUGGAUCGCUGGCGGUAUCGCGAGCCCUUGGCGAUUUUGAAUAUAAACGCGUACCGGGUCUUGGACCCUUUGAACAGUUAAUCAGUCCCGAACCGGAAAUCUCGGAUUGGGGUCGGGGUCCUCAGGAUGAGUUUGUCCUCUUGGCCUGUGAUGGGGUGUGGGACGUAAUGAAUAACGAGGAAGUUAGUCAGUUUGUGCGUUAUCAGCUAACUGUUACGGAUGAUCUUGAAAAGAUUUGUGAGGGUCUUGUGGACAACUGCUUAAAUAAGGGAUCUCGGGAUAAUAUCAGCGUUAUUCUUAUUGUGCUUCCUGGUGCUCCACGUCUCUCCGAAGAGGCCCGCCAGAAUGAGGAAUCAAUUGAGCGAUCUAUUGAAUCAGCUGUUAAAGAUAUUCUGCAGAAGGACCAACAAACACCAGGUCAACAUCCAGAGCUUGACGUGACUACCCUAACGCACAUGGUCCAUCAGGUCCUGGAAAAGAACGGCGUGACAUUUCCUCCGGGGACAUGUAUUAGUGCCAAGCGCAAUGUAAUCGAAAGAACGUGGAAAGAGUUGCGCCCCUCAGAAGAAUUACGACAGGAGCCAGGACGAGCGGCCACUUCGACAAUUAUGAGUCUCUUCCGGGCAAAGCAGCAGACGGCUGUCAGUGAAGGCAGCCCGACAUCUCCCCAUCCCCCUGAAAAUACGCUACAAGGGACCGCGGCUGAGCAGACGGCCUCGACGGAAGAUGAUCCCCCUCUGGACUUGAACCCACCGAUCGCGCAAGCACCUUCCGAUCAUCGUCCGGAUAACAGCACUAACAGCCACACUCCGUUUUCUGAUAAUAUGGCUGGUGACGGUGUCACACCAGCGGCUGCAUUGCAGAUGCCGCCUCAUCCACCGCUGAUUGAUGCGGAAAAGAUUUAAUUGUAUUGUACCCUUCAAAAGGAUAAAACCCUUGAAAUAUCCUGCAACAUACUGUGCUUAAUUCAUAGAGCACGGUUAAACCCGUUGCUAUAAUUAUAUGGUAUGUUGGGCAGUUUUAUUUCUUUUGAGAAUAGUUGUUUAAAUUAUUAAUGUCGCAUUUGCCCAUGUAGUUUGUGUUUAGCGUUACGAAUGCUUGUGCUAGGCUGUAGACUGUUCAGGAAUGUGUGGUUUGUGGCGAUUUGCAAAAUGGGUUAUUGACUUAUCUUCACUGUAUUAAUGAUGUUGCUUUAAAAUUGGAAAAUGUUA